AUGCUUUGCAUCUACGCUUUGCCGAUUUUACUGAUCUUUUUUGCGGUUGGAUGUGGUAGAAAGAAAAAGCCUAGAGGCUCGAUACCCCGUCCAAAAGGGUCGAAGGCUAGAACUGCCGUGGGAAAUGAGAAACUGAGCCCAACUUCAUUGGUUCCGCUUCCACAGAAAGUUUUCUUCUUCGCGGAAAAGGGCUGCAAAAGUGGGAAGAAAGCUUUGGAGACUGAAGAGACAAGCGAGGAGGAAAUCCUUCCAAAACCAAUCCAUCGAACUGAAAAAGCGGAAGUAAUCGUGAGGAAAAACGAUUAUCCAACUUUCAACGAUAUCUUGAGUGACUGGGAGAGCAAAAGCAAGCAGCGUGAAAAAUGCCGAAAUAAAGGAGACGAUCGAUCAGUAACACGAGAAUUGAUGGCGUUAAGAGAUGUCCUUGCGAUA